AUGCCUAUUAAUGUUUCUCCUGUUGCGCAGCUUGCUGCUGUUGGUAUUUUCCUUGCUGCGCCGCUUGCUGUUGAUGAAACUGCAACUGUUGUUGUUGCCAUUGUUGCAUCUGCUACUGAUGCGUCGCCUGUUGUUGCUGCAGUAACUGAUGUUUUUGUUGCUGAAGUCAUUACAAAAUUUUCCCCCAUUCCAUUUCAAGAUUCUACACUUCCAAGUAAGCCACUAAAUGUGACAGUUCUGAACGCUUCAUCAACGACAAUGAAUUUAUUAUGGAAAGUACCUGACCAUCCUAAUGGUCAGAUAAUGGGAUAUCGGCUUUUCUUUGUCCACUCUAACAUCACUGAUGUGGAAACCAUUCAAGCAAAUAAUGAACCAAUUGUGGAACACACACUGAAAAGCCUGAAGCCAUAUACAGAGUACAAAAUUUUUGUGAAAGCAUUUACUAAGCAUCAUGAAGGAGAUGUAUCGGAUGCGAUUUUACACAAGACUGAUAUCAUGGGACCAAGUGCUCCUCGCAUAGUAAAUCUGACUUGUCAAUCAAAUGACACUUUGUUAUUACAGUGGCAACGCCCAGCAGAGUUCUAUAACAGUAUUGACUUUUAUUUCAUCACGUAUCGAAUUGAGAAUACAGAGGAGAUAGAAGAAUUGAGUAUUGAAACAUCCAAGGAACACUUAGAAAGCACGAUAAAAAUUACCAAUCUCACUAAGAAUGCCAUGUAUGAAAUUAUGAUACGAGCUGCUUCACGCAGUAUCUUCAAUAAAAAAGUUGUUAUCCAAGGAGAGGAUUCUCCUCUGCGAAAAGUGCAAGUUCGCCCCGACUGUGACAAAAUACAGACACUCAAUCAAAGCAGUAGUCGUGAAUUAAGUGCUGGAAUGAUAGCAGGAGUUGUUUGUGCUGUUUCAUCCUUGCUAUUAGCCAUUUCAGUUUUUAUUUUAUGGAGAAAAUGUUUUCAUGCUGCCUAUUAUUACUUGGAUGACCCACCUCGAGCUCCACCACCAACACUGCUAGAUUGGGACGGAGACAUGAAAACAGCAAUUCCUGUGCAUCUCUUCCCGAAGCAUGUUAGCGAGUUACAUGCUGACGGGGACAUCGGUUUCAGCAAAGAAUAUGAAGCUAUCCAAGCUGCAUCCACCCAAGAAGAAUAUACUUCAGAACAUUCCCAGCAUCCAGACAAUAAGACGAAGAACAGAUAUCUGAACAUUUUGGCCUAUGAUCAUAGCCGAGUGCAGCUUCUGCCAGUACCUGGACAGAAGAAGUCAGUGGAUUACGUCAAUGCAAAUUACAUAGAUGGAUUCCAGAGGUCACGAGCUUACAUUGGCACACAAGGCCCACUGCCAGCUACUUUUGACUGCUUUUGGCGAAUGGUUUGGGAGCAGCGGGUGGCAAUAAUUGUCAUGAUUACAAAUCUUGUGGAACGUGGACGGAGAAAGUGUGAUCAGUAUUGGCCAAAGGAGGGCACAGAAACCUAUGGUGUAAUCCAGGUGCGUCUUGUGGAAGAGAAUGUUCUGGCAACAUACACUGUGCGAACUCUGCAAAUUCGCCAUUUACGAAUAAAGAAGAAGAAACAUACUAUGGCUGAUCGUCUAGUGUACCAGUACCAUUACACAAAUUGGCCAGAUCAUGGUACUCCUGAUCAUCCACUUGCCGUCCUGAGCUUUGUGAAAAAGUCAUCUGCAGCUAAUCCUUCUGAAGCAGGACCGAUCAUUGUGCACUGCAGUGCUGGCGUUGGCCGGACAGGUACAUAUAUAGUUCUGGAUGCCAUGCUAAAGCAAAUACGUGCCAAAGGGGAAGUGAAUAUAUUUGGAUUUUUACGUCAUAUUCGAACACAGAGGAAUUUCUUAGUUCAAACUGAGGAACAGUAUAUUUUCAUCCAUGAUGCUCUAGUGGAAGCUAUUGAGAGUGGAGAGACAAACAUCAAUCAGACCUAUUUGUCACGUUACAUUCAUAGUCUACAGGCUAAUGAAUGUGUGGAUGAAAAAGUAGAAGCUACAAGAUUGCUUGAUGUUCAUUUCAAACAUGUUACAUCAUUCCAGGCAAAAGAUUUUAACCUAGUAUCUGCUAAUAAGCCAUGCAACAUAAUGAAAAAUCGUUCAACAGAAAUCUUGCCUGUAGAGAGUGCAAGGGUUCAUCUUACACCAAAACCUGGAGUGGAUGGCAGUGAUUACAUUAAUGCAACUUGGUUUCAAGGUUUCCACAAGUUGCGUGAAUUCAUUAUUACCCAACAUCCUUUGCAAGAAACCGUCCAGGACUUUUGGCAGAUGGUCUGGGACCACAAUGCUCAGGCUAUUGUGUUGCUGUCUAGUGUAGAUGAUCAGGACUAUGGAACGUUCUGGCCAAUGGAACAAGAAGACAUUGAAGCUGAACACUUUAGAGUAAAAUUAAUUGAUGAAACUGACAAUGUUGUGUACCUGACGCGAGAUUUAAGUUUGCAUUCUCUUCAAGAUGAUUAUGAACUGGUUGUGCGUAUGUUUCAUCAAGCAAAUUGGCCUCAUAGCUGCAGUUCGAUGGUUACUGUGUUUGAUCUCAUCAGUCUGGUUCAGAAAUGGCAUCAAAAAUAUCAAAAUGGACCUAUUGUUGUUGUAGACAGGUUUGGAGGAACAGAAGCUGCUACGUUCUGUUGUCUAACAACCUUGAGCAAACAAUUAGAAUAUGAAAAUCAUAUUGAUGUUUACUUAUAUGCCAAAGUAUUUCAUAAUAAGCGUCCUGGAAUUUGGAAUACUCAGGAUCAUUACUUGUACCUUUACAAAGCCAUGGAGGCAUCCAGUGGAAAUGCAACCAAUGCUAUCCCAGCCCCUCCUCCAGCUCCUCCUGAUCUAUAUCUCACAGCCAAUGGCCACAUCAAUGGGUUUGUGGGCAAUGGUAAUGGCAGCAUGUGCAUGUCCCCAGAUGAACUGGAGGUUGGGAUUGGCCCACAAGAGUCUCCAGCAUAAUGGCACGAAGACAAAGCAUCAGACUAUGAUUGUUGGAUGGACAAAUGUCACUCUCUCUCUCUCUAGCGUCUGGUUGUGAUGUGAAGUAGCACAAAAGUUGAGGCCUGCCUGCGGUAGCAUGUUAGUGAGAAUGAGAAAUAAGUGACGUAACAUGUGGUGCAAAAUUAUUUAUGAAGAAAUAGGUGUCAGUCAGUGAAUUUUACCUUAGUGUUGCAUUUGUACGUAACUAACUUUGUGUCCUCACUUUGAUUUUUGUGUUUUGGAUGGAAUUGUGUUGUGUUGUAUUGUGAAUCCAAAACAAUUCAGGGGCUUGACGUUUAGGGCACUACUCACUCCAGACUAUAGGUACACAAUGUCCUUUUAUGUUUAUUUGUGUCAUCAUGAUGGAAUAGUCAUGCACUUGGCUGUAUUAAUGAAUUAGGUGUUGUACAGCUACUGUACUUUAUUAGUUAUUUGUUACAGUCAGCCACAACUGUCCUUAAUGUGUAAUAUUGAACUUGCUUCAGUGUUGCAUGUAUGUUUAUCUGCCAGAUAAUUGAAAAAAUUGGCUCAUGUCUGUGUUAUAUUCAUGUAGUGGAGCUUCAUUAGUGCCAAGACAGUGUUAAAUAUCAGUAUACUGGAAAUAUGGUAAUCAUUUGUACUUUAUUGCAAGUAUACUUGGUAUCUCAUGACAAGAUCUUAAUGUUUAAUUAUGUGAUGUUUGUCAGUCCCCUUUACAAAUGACUGCAACAAAAUGAUUCUGUCAUAUCCUGCUGUGUGUGUUUGGGUUCGUCUCUUUGGGGGCAAGCAUAGUUCCAUAUCAUCCAUUCCAAAAAACUUCAGGUCAUGUUGCAUUGAUUUGUGUUCACUGUGUGGAUUUAUUCCAUGUGUGUAAAUGCACAAGAAAUUGACAACAAUUAGUAAAAAUUGUGCACUUGUGACAAUGGGAGCUAGAGCUGUGGCAUUGUGCUGUGCCUGGGACACUUGAUUGUUCAUUACCACUGUGUUGUAGUUUCUUCCUCUCCUCAAUUAUUCCUGUACUGUUGAUGUGAUUUGUUAGGUCAGUAGUAUGUGUUUUGGACUUUAGUGAUAUGUUUUUUGUAAAUGUAGAGUUGCUUUGAUUUUUAAUGUAGUGUCUUUUAAGUGUUCAGACAGACAUAUAUUGUAUAUUGCGAAUAAUUUUUUUCUGAUAUGAGCUUAAUUUUAUCUCAUUAGUCAAAUUCCACUAUGUUAAUUUUAAAUAAAAAUAUAUAUAAAUAUAUACGUAAUGUAUGGAAAGUAUUACUAUAUGUUAUUUUGAAGGUCAUCAGUGGUGAGCUGGUGUGUUGCUUGAUUUACAGUUAUUUGUAAUUUCUGCAAAUAAGAUAUUUUAUUUACUGAUAUUAUGCAAAUUAUUGUAGUGUUUAUCAUUGUAUUAUGGAGUUAAAAAUUGAUACAUGUUUAUUAAUGCAAUGUUAUUGAUGGACAAUAUAUUUUUUGUGAGUUGGUUAAUGUGAGUUGGGGAAUAUUUACAAGAUCGUUAUGUGGUCUUGAUACAUUUUCAGAGCCUCUGUUCUCUGGACUCCAAGUGACUGAUGGAUUUCUGAUAUCUAAAAUAGUUGUGAAAAUAUUUUAUGUAAAGACAAUAAAUUUAUUUUCAGUAAACUGAAAGUAAGAAAUCCAUCAUCAGGUGGCAAGAAUGUUGGAAUCUCAUUUUAAGAAUCUCUCCGACGUAGGCACUAAGCAACAUGUAUCAAAAUAAAGAAAUAACAUUCACUAUGUUGGCUGCCUUGAGUUAUGACAAGACUUUUUUUAAUAAUUGGCAUUUUCAAUUUGAGUGAAUAAAGUAAAAAAUAGUCUAUUCUUGAUGUCACAAAAACAAGUUUUUUGAGGAUGCUAAAUGUCAUUUGUGUUCUUUGCUGCAUUUUUUUGUUUUAUUUUAAAGUUUAUAAAGUAUGUUUUAAGGCUUUU